ACUUCAGUGCAGCUGCGACGAGCAGCUGACGCGGAAUCAUUCAGAUCUGUAGUAGAGCUCGCGCCGCGUACGCGACACUACAGGUUGGACGGUGCGCGCGGUGGACACACACGGUACGUACACGCACACGCACGGUUCUGGACCGCAGCCUCCGUGAGCGGGACAGCCGAGAGAUUCGCGCGUAUCCUCGUACCCGCCGCUGCAAAUGAGCUCGCGCCGCGAGUGCGCGCGCGAGGGAAACGCUCCUGCUGCCGGUUGUCGCGGCUACAUCCUACAUCUUAGUCGCGAACAGUGUUGCGGUGUGUUGUCGUCAUCGUCAUCAUCAUCAUCAUCAUCGUCGUCGUUACGCGACUCCGCAGCGAGAUACGUCGCCGGCUGUGCUCCGCGGUCACGACGGCGACUCGCGGCCGAGACGGCAGUUGAGAAGGAGCCUGUGAGAAAGAGGAAAGAGCACGUUCGAACGCGCGGCGACAAGUGUACGCGCGCUCGCGAGCGCGCCGACGUCGAGGGAAUACUCUCGCAGCAAAUUGUCGCGGCAGGGUCCGAGAUCCGGUACAUCUAAACAUGGAAUUGACACGAUUACCUUCGACACUGGCUUUGGCUUUGGCCCUGGCCUUCCUUUCGACGCCACACCGCUGCGACGCCGCCUCGGAAAGUAUAAUAGGAAGCCGGGAGACCUGCGACAUCGAGGGGGAAGACGUCACGGUCGAUAAGAUCCUGAACACGAGCUGCUUCCGCUGUAUCUGCAAGAAUGGGUUCGUGGAGUGUUUGAAGCAACAGUGCCCGAACAUCGAAGGUUGCUACGCGUUGCUGGAUCCGCGUGACGACGAGUGCUGCCACAGAUGCACAGGAUGCAUACAGAACGGAAUUUACCACGCAUCGGACACGGAAUGGACGGAGGAGAACGAUCCCUGCCGAAUAUUCGUCUGUAAAGCGGGCGUCAUCACCGAAUCGAAACUACGGUGUUACACGCCCUGUUCCCAUCCGAAAGCGCCUCCACCUGGCAAAUGUUGUCCCAUAUGCGAAGGAUGCUUAGUAAAUGGACAGAAAGUAACGGAGGACAGGUCGGUGACAACGACGGAGGAUCCAUGCGUAACUUGCAAGUGCAACAAGGGGCAUCUCACCUGCGCGAAGCAAGCCUGUCCGACGCUCAAUUGUCCUGCCUCGAGGAUCGUCGAUGAAUCUGGGGAAUGCUGCCCACACUGUCGAGGCAGCGCAAGAUUCUUCUCGCCUCCGAAAGGCGCGUGCAUGCUCGGCACGCGUUUAUACAACUCGGGCAGUGAGUUCUACGCGGAUCCCUGCACGCACUGCAAAUGCAUCAAUUCGGCGAUCUCGUGCGUAAGAGACACUUGUCCGGUGCUGGAAUGUCCCAAGGAGCAUCAGGUGCAAGGCAGCCACUGUUGUCCAAAUUGCUUGCUCGUCGAGGAGAGCAGAGCCUCUUGCUCUUACGGCGGAAGAACUUAUGUGGAUGGCGAAAAUUGGAAGCUGGAUUCCUGCAAGACAUGCACCUGCAAACAGGGAAAAGUACGCUGCGCAAUGCCUCAAUGUCCGCCGAUAAUCUUUCCCUGCCCACCAAAUUCCAAGUUCGAGCAUCCGGAGGGUCAAUGCUGUCCGCGAUGUGUCGAGCGUGACGGAGUUUGCACGGUUUUCGGAGACCCGCAUUAUCGUACGUUCGACGGUAAAUUUUAUAGCUUCAAGGGACCGUGCAGGUACCAGCUGGUUACCGAUUGUUUCUCUCACACAUUCAGUAUACGCGUGACCAAUGACGCCAGAAGAACGAAGUUCUCAGCGUGGACCAAAACUAUUGCCAUAAAGAUCGGCGAUCUGAAAGUGAAUCUUGGCCAGAAAAUGAGAGUGAAGGUGAACGGGAAGAAGGUGGAUGUUCCUUAUCGCAUCCCUAACCAACUGGACAUCAACCGUACGGAUGAGAGUGUGCUCGUCAAUACGCGGAUCGGAAUCAAAGUCCUUUGGGACGGUAUCAGCUUUCUCGAAGUGUCCGUGCCUUCGUCGUAUAGAGGUCAACUGUGCGGUCUUUGCGGUAACUUUAAUUCCCAAAUCAAAGAUGACUUUACUGUACGACAAGGACGAGUGGUGCAGGAUCCGCAGCAGUUUGGCCAAUCCUGGGCCGUGGGUGCUAACAAGAAGAUGUGCAUCCGAACCCCGAGAAUCGGAAAUACUACCAGGCAGAGACGUUGCCGAGAAAGAAAAGAUCAGCGAUUAUGUAAUCGACUGAAAUCACAGAUCUUCUAUCCCUGCCAUAAAAAGGUGAAUCCGGCGAUGUACUACAAAGCCUGCCUUCAAGAUAUGUGUGAGUGCCCGACCCAGCACUGUUAUUGCGAGUCCUUUAUGGCGUACGCGCACCAAUGCAAGCGACUCGACAUCCCGCUGCCGCACUGGCGGAAAGCCACGAGGUGUCGAACCGUUUGGGACCAGCCAAUAAGUCCGACGAAUUUCGCUCGCCGCUUACAUUAAUCGCGCAUUUUGUCCACCGCCGCGUCCGGCCUCUAAAAAACCUCUAUCCCGAGGGACGUGCAGCGAGAACGGCCGCAUCGAACUCGGUGUACAUUCUGCAUGCAUUUAGAGAAAUCACUCUAUAUAUGUGAUCCCAUUCCUUUUUUCCCGUUCUCCUUUCUAAGAUAACGUUUUAAUAUACGCGAAUAAUGAAGAAGAGACGCGAUGUUGAAACUGACAUCUAAAAUUAAUUUGCGCGUUUGUUCUGUACGUAGAGCUAUAUGGGAUUCUGAAACACACGCGCGAGACAGUCAAAGAAGAAUAAAAUUCUAUCUGGAAUUUGGUAUUGGUUUUUGAAACUCAAGUUUUCGUUGAGCGAGAUAAAGCUUCCGAUUAAAUACUCACAAUCAAUAAUAACACAAAGAACGUAGUACUCUUCUUAAUACCCUAUGACAUAUACCGCGAGGGAUUAAUACAAAAUAAGUAUUCAUAAAUGCUUAUUUAUUCGUGGAGCAACGUAAUGCACGCGGCACUUAUAAGUCUGCCGUCUAUAAUGAGAAACGGCAAUAGACCGUUAAUGCGGUAGAAAAUGUUUCGCUGCUUGCGCUGCAAAUGUAAUACGAACGGCUAUACGUAUGUCGGACUGACACGCCGCGUCGGAAUAAUCGUGGUGUUGUAUUACGACAAACGACGUAUGUAACUGUUAACAAUGAUGAAGCAUAAAAUAGUUGAAAUUUUCUCUCGGCUUUGCAAGCCACCAGCUUUACGUCUCCUCUUCAACAUUCUUCGCGAUGUUAUCUUUCUAUUCCCAAGAGCUCCUUCUGUCUGCGGGAGCGCGCAGACCGGACGCGGCGGAGUGCUUGGCGAGAAUCUACUAGUCACCACUUCGUAUCAAUAUGCAUUAACGGUAAGUUCCUGUGCCCCCGUGUUAAUAACGUCGAGUAGUGCCUAGGGACGCACUCGAGCCGGAGUAGUACUUUCACAUAGUUAUGACGAGAAAAAAAUUUCAAAUUUUGUAUUAAUAACAAUCGUAUAAAUAAUUAUAUGCUAAUUAUAACUACACAAAAAUAUAUACACGAAAUACUACGCAAAAAAAAGAUUCUUUUACCAUCGAAUAAAAAUCUGAUUUGCAAGUUGCGUUAAUUUCAGGAUCGCACGCUUUUAGAAAAGAGGAAAAAGCUCAAUAUCUGCUUUGAUUAUAUUUUUUUAUUUCUAAUUUACUUUUGUAAUAUAACUCGUACCAGAAAAUACCUAUAUUCUUCAAAAUACAAAAUUAUAUUUUUUCCAUUAUUGUGGUACCUUUAAAAAUUAUAUAUUUAGAAUUUACAAGUAUUUUCUUUAUGAAUCUUUUUUAUAGAUACAGGGUACAACGUAGAAAUAAGAUCACUCUUACGUAGAAUCAAAAAACGUGUUUAAUUCAGUUUUAAGCUUCCUAAAUUAGCAUAACUUUGAAAUUUAAGUCAUCGACUGGUUACAUUGACCUACAACCACUACUUUUAAGAAGUCAUUCACAUCUGAUUAUUAUUUUAUUCUUAUAGCGAAUUUUUUCAGUCAGACUCUGACUCGAGUGUCUCUAGUAGCAACUGUUCGUCGACGCGGAGCGGCGGUGAUUUCGCGCUCAUUCGUAUGGAAAUCUCACGUGGGUCACAGCAGCACAAGUACGCAGCCAUGACGCCCGGAAACAUGGAUCUCACGUGUGUGUAUGUGUGCGUCACCGAUUUCACGCGAAAUCCCGUAGAUCCGAGAGGAAGCAUCGCGAGUCGAGCUAGAGUCGUGCAAAUGUCGGAAAAUGGAUGAUCUUGUGUCGCACAGAGCGAGAAGCACAAAAAGCAAAAACUUAUAUCCAGCGCUAAAUUAAAACUUGGCGCAAUUUAAUCCUGAACCUUUACGUCGUAGAUGUAGAUUCGCGUAUGUUAUUGUGAAUCGAAAACAUGUUUAGCUUUAGGAUCGUCCCUUCUGUGUGGGACGUUGAAUUAUUAUCGAACAAAAUUGAGGUGACACACCGUGUUUGACAAAAUGUAGUAUCAUUGAUUGUAUUGUAACCGCAUAAUUAUCAUCGACAUUUUUUAAUAAUUGUAAAUGUUGCCUUAUGAAUUUUAUAUGUAUACUUCACUGAGAGACUUAUGUACAAUCACCCAAACGAAAGGAACAGGAAUAGAACUCUAUUGGGCAGCAAACACAUACUGACAAAACGAAAUCGGUAUGUUUGAAUUCGUGAGGACGACUUUGCAAUUAGCAGCAGAUGGCGAUGUCUUGUAAUGUUUCGGAACACCGUGCAGUAUUUCGGCCGAUGAGCAGGCUCGCGGCAUAGCAUGUACAUCCCAGUUUAACGCAAUCGAUUAUUUGUAUAUGUAUGUACACAUAUAAAUAUGUAUGGAUUCGCGGAUCCUUGGAUCCACAGAUCUGUGUCUCUGUAGUCUGUACCGAACCCUGUAUUCACAUAUCUAUGCACGUAUAUUUUCGCGUAUCUCCGCGUCAGUUGCAGUACAACGAUUCGUCGAAUCUAUUUGAAUCAUAGAUCUGUGAUUUCUCAAACUCUCGCUUUCCAAGAUAUUCGAACUCGAUUAAAUCCGGAGAUCCGUAAAUCGCAAAUCUAAACGGUUUUUUAAACGCGUUGCUCCUUUAGUUCACGAGCUUACAAUUCCACGAAUCUUUUGAUCCAUAAAUCCGCGAUCGCGCGAUCGCUCUCUUGGGAUCUAUAAAUUCCCGGGGUAUCCUCAGAUCUAUAAAUUCCCACGAAUCUAGAUACAUACAUAGAUACUAAUAUAUUCGCUCGGAAUAUAAUAAAUUCAGAUCCACGAAUCGCGUUUGCGUCGUACGAGUUGUGGUUCCGCAAAUAUGUUGUUCUAUUUCUAGAUCCGUGGUGCUAUAAAUUUCUGAUCUUAACGUAGAUCCCUCGAUUUACACAGAUCCUUGGAUUCACAGGCCCCCACGCCGUUUAUCACUCUUACAUUUUCGUCAUGUAGAAUUAGGAGGGAUUAUUUUCCCGUUUCGUCUUCGACGACGAGUACACCUUUUUUUAUAUUAUGUAUACAACACAUAUCUAAGUAGCAUGUAACGUAAACGUUUAUAUAUACUUUAGCUUUAACGAUGCGUUUACAAAUUGUACAUAGAAAAACACGAUUAUUAUUAACGUUAAGCGAGCACUAAGCAUGGUUUCUAAUAAUGUGCCACGAUUUUUAACGCUCUUCACCUAUUAUUCUCUUUUUUUACUCCGUUUUUUUUUGUUCGAUUUUCUCUCUCUUUCUCUUCCUAUCUACUUCCUCCCUGUAUCUCUAUCUUUAGCAAAUUGUUAUGAAAUUUCGCAAAAGAAUGUAGAAGCUAUUUUAUUAAAGUUACUUUUGCGGAAGGUGACAAGGAAACGAGAUUUUUUUAACUCAGUAAAAGUGUACAUAGCUAAAAUACACUAUAAUUAAUUAUCACCGACGACGAGUUUUGACGAGGAAUCAAACCAAUUCUGCAUACCGGGUAGUCCAAAGCGUUAGCCAAUUUUUGUCGACUUUAGCGUAGAAUUAUAGUGUAUAGAACAGAGAGUUACGAGCGUAAUAAAUCAAUUAUAUUCGUA